UUCAUGGUUGUGCGGUUUUUUUAUUUCUUACAAGGCACCCUUCGUAGUGGUCAAUGGUCAUAUCUACCAAUAUCACGUUCGCGAGACUUCGUCUACGGUUCGCAUUCGCCAAACCCUCUUCUCAGUUCUCAUCCGGAUCUUCAAGCUCUGCCACUGCUGCCACGCUGAUUCUGAAUUAACAAGCUUAAAGGAAAUGUCUGGUCCUAGGAUUGCUCAUGCUACCUUGAAGGGACCGAGUGUUGUGAAGGAGAUAAUAAUCGGAAUAACACUUGGAUUAGCUGCUGGUAGUGUCUGGAAGAUGCAUCACUGGAAUGAACAGAGAAAAGUCAGGGCCUUUUACGAUUUACUGGAAAAAGGUGAGAUUAGUGUUGUUGCAGAGGAAGAAUGAAAAGUUCUUGUGUUGUGCCUAUGCCUUGUGUUGUAUAAUCUUUUUCCCUUCUAUAUUCCAUUGGCUCGUUGCAAAUGAGCUGACUUAUUGUAGAUUCAAAAGAAUAAAUUUCAUACACUGUUUUGGUACUUA